UCUAUUUUCUUACGCUUACCAGAUUUCUUUCUCCUUAUCGUCUCUUCUUCUCUCUCACCGUCUUUUCUCUUUUCUGUCCACGAAAAUUAGGGUAACCUUUCCCGUCAUUCGGCAUCUUCCCUUUUCCCGUUUAUCUAUCUAUCAGGGGCUAUUUUGAGGAGUGUUUUGAAGUACGAGCCCAUCACGAGAGUCACCUCUUUGCUUCUUCGACCGACUCUACGAAGCUGCGAGGCGGCGGAAGGGAUUGAAGAGUGCGACUUGACCUAGAUCCACUUUCUGUCGAUCGAGCCGGUGCGACGAUGAAGACAGAGCACCUUGAGAGCUGCCGCGGAGGGGGGAUUGACGGAUUUCUUCCGUCUAAGGAGAAGAUGAUGGCGAUGGAGGAGACUGACGCUGGAAUGGAUGAGCAGUUGGCCGCGCUAGGGUACAAGGUAAGGGCCUCAGACAUGGCAAACGUAGCGCAGAGGCUUGAACAGCUAGACAUGGCGAUAGGUGGGAGCGCAGCGCAGGACGAUGCGCUGCUCUCCCACCUUGCGUCUGAUACUGUACACUAUAAUCCAUCUGAUAUCUCUAACUGGCUCGAGAACAUGCUAUCUGAACUCAAUGCUCCGCCUAUCCCAGCGCCAACUGCGACCCAUCCGAAAUCAAUAAGCUUCGAUUUUCCUUCUGAAAAUCUGUCUUCCUCCGUUCCGAGCCCCUUCGAUCCUGAUUACUGCCUCCGAUCAGACUACCAGGUGGAGGGAAGAUCGAGAAAUCGGAAGCGGAUGAGGACUUCCUCGUCAUCGUCAUCCACUUCCAGAACAGCAGCGCCGGCUAUCGAAUCAAUCCCCGCCGUCGUCGCUGCCACCGAGGUAUCAUCUACUAAUCCUUUAGUGGUGAUGGUAGACUCACAGGAGGCCGGAAUCCGCCUUGUCCACGCCCUGCUUGCCUGUGCCGAAGCAGUUCAGCAAGCGAAUUACAAAGCUGCCGAGGCAAUCCUAAAACAGAUAUCAAUCCUUGCCUCCUCUCAAGCUGGCGCGAUGCGAAAAGUAGCUGGUUACUUUGCCGAAGCCCUGGCCCGUCGAAUAUACUGCCUCCACCCUACCCAAGACACCUUCGACUCCGCCUUCUCUGAUAUCCUCGAGAUGCACUUCUACGAGAGCUUCCCUUACCUGAAGUUCGCUCACUUCACUGCCAACCAAGCCAUUCUCGAAGCCUUCUCCGGCUGCCGCCGCGUUCACGUCAUCGACUUCGGUAUAAAACAGGGGAUGCAGUGGCCUGCCCUGAUGCAGGCUCUCGCACUCCGUCCAGGUGGCCCACCUUCCUUCCGCCUUACCGGAAUCGGCCCGCCCUCUCCAGACAACUCCAACGCGCUACAGCAAGUCGGAUGGAAGCUCGCCCAGCUUGCCGACACCAUCCACGUUAACUUCGAAUACCGCGGCUUAGUCGCUAACAAUCUAGUUGAUAUCGAACCUUUCAUGCUAGAAUCCGAUGAAUCAGAGGCGGUGGCGAUCAACUCCGUCUUCGAGCUCCAUAACCUCCUUGCCCGACCUGGAGCGAUAGAGAUAUUGCUAUCCACCGUACGAUCUUUGCGCCCGAGGAUAAUGACCGUUGUUGAGCAAGAAGCGAACCAUAAUGCCGGGAGUUUCUUAGAACGGUUCACGGAGUCCUUGCAUUACUACUCGACAAUGUUUGAUUCCCUUGAGUGGGUCGCCGGCGGCGAGGGACAGCAAGAUCAGGUGAUGUCGGAGGUAUUUCUCGGCCGGCAGAUCUGCAACGUGGUGGCGUGUGAAGGACCGGAAAGGACAGAGAGGCACGAGACGCUUGCGCAGUGGCGGCUGCGGAUGAAUGGGGCCGGGAUGCGGCCUGUGAAUCUUGGAUCGAACGCUUUUAAGCAGGCGAGUAUGCUGCUUGCCCUCUUUGCCGGCGGUGAUGGGUACAGGGUGGAGGAGAAUGAAGGGUGCCUCACGCUUGGUUGGCAUACGAGGCCGUUAAUUGCCACGUCAGCAUGGUGUGUAGCCGGCGCCGGCGAAUCUGGUUGACUCGUUGCGGUUGCGGCUGCGGCUGCGGCGCGCUGAUGUGGCUGUGGUUUGACUUGCCGGUCUUUGGCGGUCCGAUAGCUCAGGGGCAGACAGGUGGCGGUCGUGCUCGGAGUCUUUUUUUAUUUAUUUGUCGACUUUUUCUAAGUGCCGUGUAUUUAUUUUCUCUCUCGAUAUAUAUUUAUUUGCAUCAUGUGAAUUUUGAGGGAUUCUAUAAUAUUUAGUUUUAAUAUGCAAUAUUAUUAAUUGAUGGUUCA